GUUGAGGCUUGUGCACUUGUUAGUCAUGUACAUUUAAUCGAUCGGUGAACAAGCUUUAAAGUCGUUUUUCGGAACAAUUUUUACGAAAAUGAAUCUUACUAAAUCAGCUAUUUUAGCUGUUUCAAUAUUUUGUAUUGUUGUGAGCCAAGUAAAUUGCGAUGCGAAAGACGAAACUACUACAGUAAAACCAGAAGCGCCAAAGGAAAAAAUAAAAUUAAAGGACAGCAAGCUUUGCAAGAAAUGCAAUUGUGAUUUCGACGAUUUUUUGCUGGAUUGCAGCGAAAAAGUUGAGGAAUGGCUGUCUGCAGAGGAAUGGGAAGAUUUGACCAACGGAGAUGUUGUGUUCAAAACGAUUAAGCUAGAGCACAACAAUAUAACUACUGUUCCGAUUCUACCGACAUAUGGAGUUGAAAACUUGUACUUGGCAAACAAUCUAAUAGAUUCAAUUGCCGAAGGAGCCUUUCAGAAUUUAACCGAACUAACCACACUCGAUUUGUCGCACAACAAAUUGACUUCGAAAGUUCUAGUGCCAGAUGUUUUCAAAGGUCCCUACACACAGAACGACUUUUCAGCGUUGGAGAAUUUGAAAACCCUUAACUUGGGAUACAAUGAUCUGCAUACUUUGGAUGCCGAUUUGUUUGAACACAUCCCCCACAUUGAGGAACUCGUUCUCUGCUCCAAUGCUUUCCACGUUAUUGAUAGACUUUCAGAAACGGCCAUUUCCGGAUUAGCAUCUUUGAAGACUUUAGACGUUUCGUACAUGGAAAUCGAUGACUUGCCAGAAACCAUUCUUCAUGGUCCCCGAGAUCUUGAAACCCUAAUUGCAGCUGGCAAUCUUUUUCACCAAUUACCAAAGGCUUUAAAUAGAGCGACUAACCUGACCAGUCUUGUGCUAAAUCAAAACCCCAUUGACAGUCUGGUUGAAGACAAUGUUUUUCCACCGUUGACCAAAUUGACCCACCUGAGUAUGACGUAUAUGACUAAGUUGUUCAAAAUAGGACCAGGAGCAUUUAGUGAAUUGCAAAGUCUAACCGAACUGAUAUUGUCUGACAACGAACUUCUAAACGAAAUCGAUGAGGAGGCUUUGUCCAAGAACGUCACUGGAGGCGAGUACUUGGACUACCCUCCACUGGAGAAACUUUACUUGAGUAACUGCAACAUUACGACUCUGCCAAGAAAGCUACUUGUGCGUUGGGAUAAACUCAAGGCUCUGGACCUUAGGUACAAUCCGUGGAACUGCGACGAUUCCAACGAUUACUUGAUCAACGUCCUAAUCGAGCAAAUCAACAGAACCACAACGGUUUUGGCUAAAAAUGUCCAGUGUGCCACGCCCACUACGUUGAAAGACGUUGAAUUGGUAAGAGUUGCAAACGAACACAUGAUGUCGAGUUCCACUGGCAGCCUUAUAUGGAUUGGACUCCUGGUUGUUUUGCUCAUCGCAGUGCCAACUCUUGCAGGCGCCUACGUGAUGAAAAGACGCGGCUGCUUUGGCGUCUUCAGGCGCAACGACAGCGGAGCUAGCAGUGCUCUCUAUAAUAGGACUAGUUUCAAUGAAGAUUUCCAUAUUUAAAUGGGGUUUGGCACUUAUAUUAUUGUUAUAACUAAAAACAAGAAAAAGAGUUAAUUUUAGUACUUUCUAACCAAACUAAAACGUAUUUUAG